AAAAGGUCCUCAAAAUGUCUGUAUUUCAGUUCUACUGUAGACAUUUGGUCCUUACUCACUCGUACUCUCGCUCUCUUGUAUUCUCUUCUUUAGCCUGGAAUAAACAUGGUGGAGGUCCUUCAUGAGGUCAAGGCGUGCAAGUCAUACCCCUACAUCCUGACGCUGGGAAAUGAUCAGAGUGUGUUUCAGGCCUUCGGCUAAAAUGGUUAAGUUUAUUCAAACUAGAAUUCUUGCUUGCAAGUAGAGCUAAUGGCUCUUAAAAGCAGCAAUUAGGAAUUUGAAUGUAUUCACUAUAGAUCUGCUGUUGGUCUGUUGAAUGUUCAGCCACAGUUCAGUCGAAAUUGUUGUUUUGCUCUGAAUGUUUGAACUGAAUCAUUUCUACUUUAUUGUUGAUAUUAAUGUAAUAAUUUUUUUCAAACAUUCCAUUGCUUUGUUUUUGUAUUGUUUAAGUGUUUAUUGCAUAAUAUGCAUAAAUCUAGCAUGUAUUCGGUUCUAGGUUUGUAGUUUCACAGUUUUAUAUGGGUCGUCUAUUGCAGUUUAUUUUCCUAUUGUACUGUAAUGUUAGACUUAAUCUGGUUUAUGGGUUAAUUUUGAAACAACCCAGAAUUGUAAUUAAUUUGACCCAACGUUUUGGGUAGAAUAUUUAACUCAUCUGUUGGGUUAAAAAUGAUCAACUCAUCUUGCUGGGUCAAAUUACUGUUGGUCUGGUGCAGUAGUGAUCCAGUGGGUUGGGUUAUAGGACAACCCAAGUUGGGUUAUUUUUAACCCAUUGUUCUGUGUGUAUGGUGCAUCGUCCGUUACUUUUUAGAAAAGUAAUUAAUUUUGACUGAAGUGCAGCCUAACCUGUUUGCAGCAGCGACGCAUUGUAGGAUUGGUGGAUGCCUACCGCUGUAAACACGAAGACGCACUGUGGACGUGUUUCCGUUUAUUCAAGUAUGUGCGGCAGUCAUGGCGAGUCAAGGCGAGAGCAACACGAGUUUCACGAGUGGAAAUAUGCUCAUUAUUUCACUUUAGUUGAGCAUAAAGACAAAAACCUUUUAGUCAAAUGUAAGCUGUGUCUUUCUGGUUCGAAUGUCCUAUCCUUCGAAUUUCCAAUCCGUGCGCUCAGAUUUUGUAAACCAUACCCUCGGCUUUUGAAUCUUUCCUCGAAUUCAUAAUCUGCGCGCACACUUUCGCAAUCCGUUCCCAUGGAUUUGUAAACUGUAGCAGAAUGCAGCUCGAGCUCGAGGCCGUGGAGGAGCAGAUUCGUGACCUGGAAGUGAGGCAGGUCCAGCUGAGAGAGCGGAGAGCCGCGCUGCAAUCAUCCCGGGCUGACGCUCACAAGUCCGGGGUAAGUAUACAGCGUGCUGCUAACAGUCCCACCACGUCUACUCCGUGUGUUUCUCUGCACAGGCCCGGUGCACCCAGGACGCGAUCUUCCCAGAUGUCCUUCACUGCAACGCCGGGACACCACGGACCCUGGGUGCAUCCACAGCGGAGGACACGAGCCGGGCCCCGGGUGACGACUUCUCCCCCUCCUGCCUUCGAGAUCUUCACCCGGAACCGCUUCGCUCCCCUCUGCGAGACAGGACGCGACGCCGUGAUCAUCGGAGACUCCAUCGUCCGACACGUAAGUGCUACGUUAGCCGAAGGUAAAGUGCACACUCAUUGUUUGCCUGGUGCUCGUGUUCUCGAUGUUUCUGCGCAGAUACCCGCGAUCCUGAAGGACGGCGAGAGCCCCAGAGGUUUCGUGCUUCAUGCCGGGGUUAACGACACCACGCUGCGGCAGACGGAGACGCUGAAGAGGGACUUCAGGAGCCUGAUCGAGACGGUUCGCAGCACGACGCCCGCAGCGAAGAUCAUUGUGUCAGGACCACUGCCCACGGAUCGACGAGGACACGAAAGGUUCAGUAGACUUUUUGCUUUAAAUGAAUGGUUGUUGUCAUGGUGUGAAAAACAGAAACUGCUAUUUGUUAAUAACUGGAAUCUUUUCUGGGAGCGUCCUAGACUGUUUCGCGCUGAUGGAUUACACCCCAGCAGAGUCGGAGCGGAGCUGCUUUCUGACAACAUCUCCAGGACACUUCGCUCCAUGUGACUAGAUUUACACAAGCUCCAUUCUUGAUCCAGAACACCUUACAACCGAAUCAGGAAAAACUGCCUUUUCUUAUUUAGCACCUUGGGGGUGGAAUAAUCUUCAAAAAGAGCUAAAGUUAGAAACCCUUAUUUCCAUAAAUGAAUUUAAAACUACUGUAAAGAGUGUUGUGAUGAGACAUGUUCUUGUUUUUCUUAAGAGUCUCAUUGUGUUUAUAUAUAUAUAUAUAUAUAUAUUUUUUUUUUUAUAUAUAUAUAUUUUGUUCUUUUAUCGUGAAAAUGUAAUUUGGUGUUUGUUAUGUAUGCAUUUUUUGUGAUUUGGCUGCUACCUUGAAAUGAAUCAAAUGAAUCGGGAAUUCGUAGCGGGUUCGCGAAUCAUUUGAGUCAGUUCGGGAGUUCAAAGCGGGUUCACGAAUCAUUUGAGUCAGUUCGGGAGUUCGUAGCGGGUUCGCGAAUCAUUUGAGUCAUCAUAGCUGUAUAUGGAUCGGCAUUUUUUAACUAAUUUAGUAGCUAGUUCUAAUUAUGUUUUCCAAGCGUGUUUAGGUGUGAUAUGUGAACUCGUAUUUUUAAUUUGAGUCUUCUUUCUAACUCUAUUCCUAAAAGUUGGAAAGCAGCCUAUGUUCUCCCUUUACAUAAUGAGUUAGAUAAGAAACUUAAUGUCAAGCUCGGCUUCUAUUUCAGAAACAAAUCUAGCUUUACUUUUAGUGCUAGGAAGAAACUUGUGAAAGCCACUUUUCUGCCUGUAAUUGAUUGAGAUAUAUUGGACAUGCAUGCUGCAUUUUCCAUUCUGCGUAGGACUGGGAUAAACGAUUAUUUUUUAAACGAUUAAUCUAGCGAUUAUUUUUUCAGACCGAUUUCUAUUAUCUUCCCAUUAAUUGACUACUAACAAUUUAUACGUUGAUUUACAUAUCUGAAUGAAAAAAAAACAUGAAUUCCUUAAUUUUGCAAUAUGUUUAUUGCUCUUAAAAUUACAAAAUAAAAGACUGACUAAGAAUGCAUUACUUUGCACUUGUAUAGAGAUAGCAUUCAAUAAAACCUUGAAGCCUUGAAAACGCAUAGCUUACUGAAACAAGCUUACUGAACACAUAGGGCCUAGCUUACUGAAAAAAGUUCUUCUUUCAGAUGAAAAUAACAACAACUUGAUGUCUAGCAUUCAAUAAAAAAGGUCACCCAAAAUACUUGUUUAGAGCAAUUGAAAGAAUACAGUAACCAAUGUAAACUUGAGGGCUUUAAGCUAAUACAGAGAGUGCUUUUCCAAAAAAAUACAAAAUAAAACAAAAAUAACAGUGGGAGCCAGCAGCCUGUCAUGGAGAAAAAAAAAUCUCCGAAUGCUCCACGUGAAACUUUGGCAUUCCACACUUUUUCCAUCGUGUCUAAUGAUUUUGGUUAAUAUUCACAAGGGAGAGAGAGAGCAAGAAGCGCUCGUGUUGUUUGAAGACUGUGAGUGUGCGCGCGCGCAGCCGGGGCUUUGACAGAAAAUUGGGACUUUGACAGAAUUUUUUUUUGGCAAAAAAUACGUUGAAGCAAAAUAUGCGCAUCGAUUUGUCGACCUGUUUUUAUUUCUCUAAAAAACGUUUGCAAAACGUUCACAUUGUUGUCCCAGCCCUAUGCGUCAUGUAGAUUCAGUUUACCAUGCAUCACUACUACUGUUGAAAUCCCGACAUUGAAUCACCUUUUGAUUUUGCAAAUUGGAUCAACGUUGAAACCCCGACGUGGAUUCACCGUUGAAAUCGCGACGCUGUUUCACCGUCUUACCUUCAUUACAGGUGAAUUAGGGUCGUUCUGCAGACCUGGGAUGAAAGCUGAAUGAGGUGUUGAUUUUGAAAAGUUAAUCAAGGUUGAUAACAUGACGUUGUUUCACCGUUGUAACUUGCACCGUGCAUAAAGACACAAUUGUAGUUCAUCUAGAUCCUAGUUGCCAUUUAAAUCAACACUGUAUGCUACAUGCAAGGCUAAAAAUCAAAUGACUGGCAGCAAAGGCUUUACAAUCAACUUAAAAAAACUACCACAUGCUCAAAAUUGUAAAACAGCAGUUUUAUUUUGGAAACAAACUGUAUAAAACUCCCAAACUUUCUUAUGCAGAGUAUGCAUGGAUGUAUUGUUAAAAACAUGUAGUAGAACAAUCCAAAUACAAUAAUAUUUAAGGGGGGUUUUUAUAAAAUGUUUUUGCAUAUAAAUGCAUAUACUUUGCAGCACUUGCAAGACAAACCCUUGUACCUUUAUGACUGAAACCAGUGGAUCUUUUAUUUUGGUGGAAAACUACAGUUUCUGUCAAAAACACGCUUUAGUAAUGUGUCUCAUUACAAGAGAUGUGUACAUUUGUGCAAUGAAAAUGUGUUGCACAGUUCGAGAAGGGAACCUUCAACCAGAUGAUUUCUAACUGGAACACCCCCCCCCACCCCCCAGGACUGUGUCGUCUUUACAGUGGGGCAUGCAGAUGAGAUUUCUACCAAAGAGGACUCUUUUUUUUUUAAAUAUGAAAGACAAGAAAAGAAGUAAAAGUGCUCGUAUUAGUUGGUUAAGUUCUGAUGAAAAAGAUGAGUCUUUAGAUGUUUCUUGAAAAUGAGUAAAGACUCGGCUGUACGAAUUGAGAUUGGGAGGUCAUUCCAGCAGCUGGCCACAGUCCAGGAGAAGGACCGUGAGAGUGAUUGUGAACUUCUUUGGGAUGGCACCACAAGGCGUUGUUCACUUGCAGAGCGCAAACUUCUGGAGGACACGUAAGAUUUAACCAGUGAGUUUAGGUAUGUUCACAAUGUUUCACAAUAACUAUGAUAUGAUGAACAAUGAACAAUUUCUUACCAAUGUUUCAAGAAUAAACUGGAUCCUUGAUGACUCUACAACGGGAAAGAAGAAUAGUUUACUGAAAAGUUCUUAAAAAACAGGAUUUCAUAUUAUACCAUUUCUUUAAACCAUUGGUUCUCAAACUUUUUAUACGAAGUACCACUUCAGAAAAUAUUUGUUAUUAAAGAUUAAGUUCCACCUUAAUGACCAACAUUAAAUUUCAGCAGCGUAUUAGACCAAACUAUUCAGCUACAGCUCUACAGAUCAAAAAUAAAGCAGUUUUAUUCUAAUAAGAAUAUUC